GCAAGCAGGGAUAAGGCGCGUGCUGACAAAACCUUUUCCGCCACCGCAGCGGCGGUCACGUCCUGCUUCGUGUUACAUGGAGGUGGCCUUCUACCCCUCGGGCUUCCCCCUGGAGGCGCGGAUGAUAUGCUCUCCUCCCACUCGCUCUGGGGUCACCAGGACCCGAUCCAAGGUCGCUCUCACUCCUCCUCCGGGUGCCUCUUCGACAGCGUCCUCUCUUAGCAGCGGUCUAGUCGUUCCUUUCGUCGGAGGAAGCGUCUCCGGCAACUUCUCCGGUCAGAAGAUGAGGAUCCCCUCGCUAAGCCCGUCUCCAUCCGGUCGCCGGGGCAAGAGGGGCGGCAUCACCAUGGUUAUCCCUUUCUUGAGAGGAAGUGCAUGGGAGCAACCACCUCCAGAUCUAGCUUCUUACUUGUACAAAAAUCGAAUUGUAUACUUGGGCAUGUCUCUUGUUCCAUCAGUGACAGAGCUGAUGCUAGCAGAGUUUCUUUAUCUUCAAUAUGAGGAUGCAGAAAAGCCAAUUUACCUGUACAUAAAUUCUACCGGCACAACGAAGGGUGGAGAGAAAUUGGGUUAUGAGACAGAGGCUUUUGCAAUUUAUGAUGUCAUGAGUUAUGUUAAACCACCUAUUUUCACACUUUGUGUUGGAAAUGCUUGGGGAGAAGCCGCAUUACUCUUGGCUGCUGGUGCUAGAGGAAACCGUGCUGCUCUCCCAUCAUCAACAAUAAUGAUAAAGCAGCCAAUUGCAAGGUUUCAAGGCCAAGCGACAGAUGUUGAUCUUGCAAGAAAAGAAAUUAAAAAUGUGAAGGCGGAAUUGGUUGCUCUUUAUUCUAAGCAUAUAGGAAAACCUCCUGAACAAAUUGAGGAAGAUAUCAGACGUCCGAAAUAUUUCAGUCCCAGUGAAGCAGUUGAAUAUGGUAUCAUCGACAAGGUGUUGUACAAUGAAAGCUGCCGGGAAGACCGUAGUGUCGUAUCUGACCUUAAAAGAGCUCAACUUAUAUAAAAUCUAAACAGAAGCAACAUGCUUAAUAAAUGUUGGGUAAAUUUAUCAUCUGAUUAUUUACAAGUCGCAUCUUACCGGGCAGCUUUUUGAGAGCAAAAGGGCAUAUAUGUAUGAUUGAGUUGGUAACUCAUCAGUUUCCAGAAUCUGUUCCAUUUUGGUGGUGUGUAAAAAGAACCAGUUGAAGAAGCUGAAAAUGUUCAGUUCCAUAAUUUCAGAAUCUGUUCCAUUUUUGUGGUGUGUAAAAAGAACCAGUUGAAGAAGCUGAACGUUCAGUUCUAUAAUUUUAUGUAUUAUUGUGAAUUUGCUA